CAUUGGAUUGCACAAAGAGCAUAAUACUUACAUCCCCGAACUAUCCUUCGCUUUACCCCAAUGAUGCAUUCGAGGAGUGGUCCAUCACAGCACCUCCUAAUAGGAGGAUCCUCGUCACUUUUAAUGACUUUAACUUGGAAUAUCCUUAUGAUUACAUUGACAUUUGGGACAUGUAUCAUGUUAAAAAGCCCUACACAGGCGAGGAUAUGCAAUUCCCUCCAUAUCUGAUGUCAGGGCAUACUCUCCAUAUUGAGUUCACCUCAUCUAGAAAUGGCAGAAGCAAAGGAUUCAACAUUUCAGUCUUGUGUAACGAACUUUCAAACGCUUUUUCUGGCCGUUUAAUGGACGGUGCUUCACCAGCAGAAGGAUUUCUCGAGCUGCCCACACAAUCUGGUGAAUGGAAGAGAGUCUGUGAAGACCGCUUAACCGAGAGGGUGGCAGAGGUGAUUUGUGGAGAACUUGGCUAUCCUGGGUUCAAGGAGAUCUCGUACGAGAACUCCACAUGUGCUUCAGAUCAAGACAACUGUACAAGAGCUCCAACUUGCAACCCUUCUACAUAUCGUCUGGUGGAUUGCACAGCUGAGCAUUCAAUGUGCUCGUCUGAGAAGGUCGUCAAAAUAAUAUGUCAUGAGCCCGGAUAUAAAGGAUGCUAUAAACUCGACACCAAGACAUUACAGAACGUCUCCAAUUUUAAGUUCUCUUCGACUGCACAUUGUCUUUAUUUGUGUAAAACCCACGAUAUCCUAGCUAUCGCUAUUAUGAAUCAAACGGAUUGUGUUUGUUUCCCAUCUUCCGGGGUCCAGUUGGGAAAUGAACCGAAGUGCAGUGAAGAAACAACGUCGCUAUCAAAGAUGUUAGUUUAUGACGCUUCUGUAGGUUUCUGUGAGGAGCUGAAUGACACGACUGGUGGAUCUUGGAAUUCUAAGAUCACGUGGUUUAGUUCUAUCGUUCAUCUUACAUGUAUGGAUGGAUACAGUCUGAAAGAAAAUGGAACCCUGCGGUGUGUGCCGGGGUCAUCACCAUUGAAUCCUGUAUGGAACGAUUCAAAGCCAGUUUGCAUAAUAGUUGGUAGGUGA